ACGGGAUUAAAGAUGUCAGCCUACAGGCGAAGCGGUGCUUUCGUUUGAACUGCCCAAGUGGUGUUUGAAAUUAGCUGCUUUCUUUUUAUUUAAGUUAUCGUCACGCAACUACGCUGUGUCGUACGUUGUUUUUCUUUGUAUCGGUCAAAGCUACGCGUGUUUUAGAGGUUGCGUUAUUGUUUAAAUUAAUGUGAAGGGAGACCCGAAGAGCUUGAGAGCAACCGCGCUGCUCUCUGUGCGUGUUUAACGAGAUGAAUUCUCCGCACUGUUACUGCGGUACAACCGAAAUCGACACUUCUGCCAUGCUGCAGUGCUCGCUGUGCAAACGUUACUUUCAUACAGCGUGUCUAAAGACUCCACCACGCAGCAAUCUGAUCGGGGACCUUUUCUUCAAACUCACCUGUCAAGACUGCUCUGCAGACAACACAGAAACAUGCGAACGCCUCAAGAUGCAGUGGAUUCAAGUGAUAAUGUUAACGCUGUACAACCUCCACAUGACGGGUGCCAACGGGAAGCUCGGCUACUUCCGAUGGAGAGAGCACAUCUGCUCUUUCAUCGACAAGCACUGGACAUCAUUCUUUGGAGAGUCAAGGAAACGGACAGCCACAUUUCGUGGUACGGUCGCGGGAGCGCUUUCGUCUGGCUGCCCGCUGCUCUUCAGGUCUGGAACUGCGGAGCUCAAAGAGAACGGCUGGUGGACGCUGACCGACAUGAAGCCGCCUUCUCCGGCUGACUUCGAGGGCGCAAGUGCUUUGUUGGCCAAGUGCCGCAAAGCAAGAACCUCUGGCAACCACGAGGGGCCUUCAGUCGUGGACGGACCACGGAAGCGCCACAUUGGAAGCACCAUGCAGGCGGCCAUUAGCCUCAAGGAAAAACGCUCCUUACUCAAGCAGCAACGUCAUUCCGGGCCUUCAAACGAGUCAUCAGACGUCUUCCAGAGGGUAGUUGUUAAAACUGAGCCUGCCGAAUACCCCGUGCUUGGAAAUUCAUCCCUGGAGGGACGUGACAAUGACUAUGUGACACCCGACGACUUACGCUGGAAUUCUACUCUCUUGGAACAAGACCUCUUUGCCAACGACCCCUUUCGGCAAGACUUGCUUCAUGGCACCGAGCCACUUAGUGAGACAGUUGACAUUACCACCACAGAUGCCUACUGCCCCGUCAAGGUGGAAAAGGAAGAGGACGAAAUGCUCGACCUGGACGAAUUCACGGUGGAAGAGCCCAUCUGCGACCCCAGCUACUUCGGAGUCCAGUCACCCAAAGUGGAAGAGCUCGUGUCGGGAUUUCUGGACGGUAGCGGUCUCGUGGCUGCCACGGAGGAAGUGACCGCGGAAGAUCCUCCGUCCUCCAGAGGCGACGAAAGCGCCGCUACGAGCGUCAAGGAAGAGACGGAAACGACGAGCGACUGCGAGAGCAUUUCCACCGAGGCUUCCCAGUCACGGUUGCAAUCAUCCUCAAAGAAGAGGCGACUCGGCGACAGGGGUCCCGCAGCAGAAGACAAUUCCGACGAGACGGCUGGAUCCGAGAAGCCACGCUGCAUCCCCAUGAGCAUCUACGAAGAACACCAGCUGUUGACGCAGCUGGAGAGGUACGCGACGCAAAGCACGCUGCCCUGUGAUGCACGGAGGUUGCGGAGGAAGCUUCUCGUCAGACAGAUCAAGAGAGCUCGGAACCUGCCCGUGUUUGAUCUCGACGCGGAGGUGCGGAGACUCUGCCGCGAACCCGGCGACGACCAACGGCAGAUGGAUGCAAGGGGGUACACGUCCGCCAACAGCAUGCAGAGGACCGCCUGCGUGUUGGACCGUUACCAGGUGACGACGGGGACGGCGCAGAGCGGAGUGUACGGCCACGUGUCGUUCGUGACGCGGAUUCUGGGUCUUGAAGAGGAGCAGCUUGACUGCAUCGUCAGCCCUUACACGCAGAGGACCCUGAAGCCCUUCAUCUUCAGGGAUUAUGAGACCGUGCCUCUGAGGCUCAAGUUUCUCCAGGAAGUGUUGUCUCACCGACUGAACAAAGAGCGUGCCAAGGAGGAGCGAAGCGCCCAGAGCAAGCGUUACCCGAUCGACUUCUGCUACGUGCGGCCACAGCACAUUCCGAUAGUCAACGCAAUGUGCCGCACCUUCUUCUGGCCUGGGAUUGACUUGUCUGAAAGCCUGCAGUACCCAGACUUCAGUUGCGUAGCAAUGUACAGAAAACUGGUGGUCGGAUUUGCCUUCAUGGUGCCGGACGUGAAGUACAACGAGGCGUACAUCCCUUUCAUCUUCACGCACCCGGAAUGGAGGAGGUCAGGCAUUGCAAAGUUCAUGCUGUACCACUUGAUACAGACUUGCAUGGGGAAAGACGUGACGCUCCACGUCUCUGCCACGAACUCGGCAGCGCUGCUCUACCAGAAGUUUGGCUUCAAGGUGGAGGAGCUCAUCCUGGACUUCUACGACAAGUACUUUCCGGCUGACUCUAAGGAGUGCAAGCAUGCCAUGUUUCUCAGGCUCAGCAGGUAGCACGGCCUCAACCCAGCAGCAUCGCGUGGUCCCCAAGACGACGCUAUGUGGUACCACGCUCACUGUACACAGUGUAAAUAAAUGCCUCUUGGACAUGUUAAA